ACGAGUUCAAACUGGUGACAUUAAUACAGGUAACGAGUGGACAAAGAAAAAGUCCAAAAGUUUGUAGGUAAUAAAAUACUUAUUUUCUACCAUAAUUUGCAAAUAAAAAUCAAAAUUUUCUCUCAUUUUGUCUCUCAUAGUUAAGGUAAAAUUACUUUCCUCACUCCUCUUUUUAAGUGGGAGCAAUUGUGCAAUUUGUGCUUGACUUAAUACAUUUAUCCCGCUGCUGCACUUCCUUCCUAAAACUAUUCACAUUAUUUAACUCAGCCUUCGGUUUUCCCAGUGAUUCCUGCUGGACGGAUGCUCUGCUUCAAGAUAUUCUGCAUAUGAAAAAAAAAAAAAAAAUCCUUUCACCGCAUCUGUGAGACUCUGUGAAAAAGUGCGUUUCUCAGAAGUGUGAUCUGUCACAUCUCACUUCAGUUCGAGCACGGGGGAGUGAUUUAAGACAGUCGAACAAGAAGGGAGUGAACACAAACCACAUCCGACCCCGAAAGGCCAAGAACCCGGGAGACGUCUUCACCGUUAUUUUCCAUUCGCCGCCUGAGCUCUCUGCAGGACUCGCUGCAGCAGUUAUCUGAGGAAAGAGAAGCAGCGGCGUGGACUCGUUCACACGGCAGAAGAAGAGGAAGUAUGUCAGACAAACAAACAUUGCUACACACUCAGUGAACAGGAAUAGGAAGUAUGAAGAGGAGAAGAAAAGAGAAAAAAAUGCUGGUGUCUAAGCGACUGUUGGCAUGAAGUUUCAUUCGGCAGGUGUUUCGAAAACACUGGUAGUUCGUCUGUAAAAGUGACUCUGUUUUGGGAGGAAUCGUUGAAACAAAACAUGAGCGAUUCACUUGAGAGGACAACAGACUGCCUCCUCAGCGACGAUGGCUCCAAUCAAAGCGAAGACCAGGACAAGGCAGGAGGGGUGAGCGAGCUCCGCUGGCAGGACGACGGUCUGUCUGUGGAGCUGCUGAGGGGGAUGGAGACCCUGAGGGUCAACAGAGAGCUGACCGACGUGACCGUCUGCGUUCAGGGGCACGACUUCCUCUGCCACCGGGCCGUCCUGGCUGCUGCCAGCCAGUACUUCAGGGCCAUGUUCUGCAGCGGCCUCAAGGAGAGCCGCGAGGAUCGUGUGGAAAUCAAGGGGCUUGACAGUGGAACGAUGUGCGCGCUCCUGGAGUACACCUACACCAGCCGAAUCCUCCUCACACACUCAAACGUCCAGGCCAUCCUCGAGGCUGCCAGUCAGUUCCAGUUCCUACGUGUCGUGGACGCAUGUUCCAAGUUUCUGAGCAAGUCCCUGCAGCUUGAGAGCUGCGUUGGCAUCCUGAAUCUGGCCCACAGUCACGUCCUGCCAGAGCUGAGGACCAAAGCGGAGGAAUACAUCACCUGCCAGUUCUCCCGGGUCAUCCAGCAGCUGGACUUUGUGGAGAUGCCCGCUCCGUCUCUGGAGGCCGUCCUGCAGAGCGACGAGCUGGAUGUGCGGUGUGAGGAGUGUGUUUUUGAGGCGCUGAUGAGCUGGGUGAGAGCCCGGCAGAGCGAGCGCUGCCCGCUGCUGGCCAGGCUGCUCUCACAUGUGCGGCUGCCGCUGCUGGACCCCGCGUACUUUGUGGAAAAGGUGGAGUCGGAUGAGCUGAUCCGCCUCUGCAGUAAGGCCUUUCCUUUGUUGCAAGAGGCCCGCACCUUUCACCUGUCCGGGAGGGAGGUGGUCUCGGAGAGAACCAAACCUCGUUUGCAGCACUUUCUGUCGGAGGUGUUCCUCAUCAUCGGGGGCUGCACAAAAGACGAGCGCUUCAUCUCCACCGUCACCUGCUUGGACCCUCUCAGGCGAAGCCGGCUGGAGGUCGCCCGGCUGCCCAUGACGGAGAUGGAGGACGAGUCCCAGAACAGGAAAUGGGUGGAGUUUGCUUGUAUCACCUUCCACAAUGAAGUGUAUAUAUCUGGGGGGAAAGAGACACAGCAUGAUGUUUGGAAAUAUAAUGGCGCCCUGGACAAGUGGAUUCAAAUCGAGCCCCUCUUAGUGGGACGCUGGAGGCACAAGAUGGCAGUUCAGAACGGGAAGGUUUAUGUUCUGGGGGGGUUUGAUGGAACCCAGAGACUGACGAGUGUGGAGGCCUAUGAUCCUUUCCACAAUCGAUGGACACAGGUGACUCCUCUGGCUAUCGGUGUGAGCUCCUUUGCUGCAGCCAACUUCGACCGCUGGAUCUACGUGAUCGGUGGGGGUCCAAACGGAAAACUGUCCACCGAUAAGGUUCAGUGCUGGGAACCAGGAACGGACAGCUGGGAACUGCGAGCGCCAAUCCCCAUUGAGACCAAAUGCACCAACGCCGUCACGUUCAAGAACUGCAUCUACGUCGUUGGUGGAGCCAUGAAUGCCAUGUACUGCUACUCCCCCCUGAGCGACACCUGGACCCUGGUGUCCCGUCUGGGAGAACGGGCGAGCUGCGCCAUCGCCGCCUGCAACAACAAACUCUUCAUAACCGGAGGACGAGACAACAAGAACCAAGUCAUCUCCACCGUCAUGUGCUGGGACGUAACACAAGGAGUGCUGACGGAGGAGUGCGUUUUACCAAUGGGAGUGUCGCACCACGGCAGUGUGACACUGAUGAAGUCGUACACGCAAAUACACAAAAUAAC